AUGAUGGAUAAUCUAAAAUCAACAACUGCAUUUCAACAAAGUCAACGGAAAACCAAACCAUAUCGUCGUUUUCUACGAAAAUUUCUUAAUGAUUGGUCAUUAAAUUUUGCAGCAAUGCUUGCAUAUAAUUUAUUAAUUGCUCUUCUUCCAAUUGCUGUUGCAAUAUUUGGUAUAUUAGGUUUAGUUUUAAAAAAUCAUCCUGAUGUACAAAACGAUGUUAAAAACAAAAUAAUUAAUUCAUUUCCUGAUGAUAAUUCAACACAGACGGGUAUUAAACAAGUAGUUGAUUUAGCUUUUGAUCAAUUAUCAAAAGAUGCUGGUGGACUUGUAGCUAUUGGUAUUGUACUUGCUAUAUUUGGUUCAUCUCGAUUAUUUAUUGCAAUUGAUAAAUGUAUGAAUAUUGUAUAUCGAGUACCUGAACGACCAUUUAUUCGUGAAAAUGUAUUAGCAAUUGGAAUGCUUUUCUUUUUCAUUCUUAUGAUUCCAUUAAUGAUUGCAGCUAGUUCAGCUCCAGCUAUUUUAUUAAGUAUAAUACCAGGUGGUGGUGGUCGUUUUGGAACAUAUUUAGCAGGAAUACUAGUUUCAUUACUCGUGGCAUUUAUUUUAUUUGAAGCUAUUUACUGGUUUAUUCCAAAUAAAAAAAUGUCAUUUAAAACUACUUGGUGUGGUGCAUUGGUUUCUGCUUGUACACUUGAAUUAUUCAUUAUUCUAUUUCCAUUAUAUGUACGAAAAUUUAUGGGUAAUUAUGCAGGACAAAUUGGUUUUGCUGUUAUACUUCUUUUAUUCUUCUAUUAUUUUGCAACAAUACUUAUAUUAGGUGCUCAAAUAAAUGCUUUCUUCUAUGAUGAUUAUCAACCAUUAUUUGAAGGAUUAGGAACAUAUAUAAGUCAUAUGCAUGAUGAACAUGGUGCUAAUAGUCCAAAGAAACCAUUAUAUGACAAAGAUAGUGAAUUACAACAAUAA